AUGCUUAUCGAAGUGUGUCGCUGUGGAAGGGACUCCUCAAGCGUCAAUGUUCCCGAUAAUGCCACUGUCUCAGACCUCAAACGCGUCAUUGAAUUGCAAGAGAAGGUACCCUAUGCGGAACAAACCCUCACUUUCAAUGGGCUUAUCCUAGAAGACAAUAACCUCAUAUCUAAAUACGGACUCUGUGAUCAGUGUACCAUUCUCCUUUAUCUACGUCUUGGAUUCCAACCUGAUUUUGAUCUCACUGUUAGUCUUUCCUCGAAAAUGAAGGUUAAUCUUAGAAUUUCUGGGGAAGAUACUGUUAGAGAUCUUAAAAAACUUGUCGAACAGAAGAGUGGACUUAGUCUUUAUGACACAGAAUUGAUCUACGAUCAUUGGGUGCUGGAGGAUGACCGGAAGCUGAUAGAGUAUAAUAUAUCUGGAGGCGCAACAAUACUUGUGGUUCAUGACCUAAAUGACGGACCGGACUUCCAAUUAGAAGACUCAGCGCAGGACGGACAUGCUCAACCAGUUUCCUAUUCUUCUCAUCGCCGUCAUCAUCACAAGAAUUCAAUGUCUUCUUCUGACGAAGUCAAUAUUGAAGAGAAUGAAAGUGGAAGUGAACAAAGCAAUGAGGAGUUGAUAACCGUAAUAUUCCUACCAAAGACCGGAUCCCCAAUUGCUCUAAAGGUUCAUCCCACCACUCCUGUUGGAAAGGUCCGUGGAAAGCUUGCACAAAUCCUUCACGUACCCUCCGGCGCUUUAGGGUUUGUGCGUGAUGGAAAGUCAUUAAAUCCCUCCAGAACUUUCGCUCAAUAUGGAAUUUCUCAUGGAGAAUCAGUGUGCCUUCUUUCGCAGGACCAUGUUGUGGAGAAUCCAAGGAGUAGGGUUUCUUCUGGACAAAAAUCUCAAGAACCAAAGAUUCGAAUAGUCGUGCAAUCGGCGAAUGGCCACACUCUUGCCUGCCAUGUUCGCAAAACUACUACAGUUGGAAAUCUGAAGCAGCGUCUUGAGCGCGAACUUAAUGUUUCCAAGUCUAAAAUGCGUCUCUUCUAUCAUAAGACUAUGCUAGCUGAUGAAUCUAAGAUGAAGGAUUGUGAGAUCUCUGAUGGGUGCGUAGUUUAUCUUCGAUAUUGA